ACGGAAAGGACCAUCUUGGGCCUGCAGGAGAAAGCAAGAUGGCAUAACUCACAAAAGCCUCGGUCUGGAUUGGGCAUGCGUGCCCACUUCUCGCCACCUAGCACCCCAGCAGAGCGAGAGGAGAAAUGGCAUUCCAUGCGGGAAGCACACUUUCUCGCCCCAUCGCCAUAUGUGUGGAAAGCCGAGGAGACGCUCUCAUACAUGGACCGUCAAGGCAUCGCCAUGAAAUUCCUGUCAAACGUCCCUGUAACUCUCCCCGCUCUGCAGCCUUCUAACGACUAUGGUGCUGGGACCAUGACGGGGUAUCCCGCAUGGUUUGGACUCCUGGCAGCGUCGCCGACGGAUGAUGCGAAGAAGGCGAUUGGGGAGGUUGAGAGAAUGAGCGGGGUGACUGAUGGCCGGGCGGUAACAAGCUAUUUUAAUGGUGUGUACCUGGGUGAUGAGAUGCUUGGUGGGCUUGAUGGGCUUGGUUGA